GAGCUCCCAGCCCGCAGCGCCCGCGUCCGCUCGCCCCGCACCCGCCCUCCCGCCCGCCCGCCCUCCGGCGGCGGCGCAGCCCAUGCGGCUGGGGGCGGAGGCCCGAGCGGACGCGGCUGGGCGUCUCCGGUGCGGCGGGCGGCCCGGGGCGGUGCGGGGGCGGCGGCGGGGCCGGGUGCGGCCCGGUGAUUGGCCGCGGGCGGCGGCUGCGGGGCGGCCGGGCGGCCGGGCGGGAGGGGCCGCGGCGCAGUCGGCCCUCAGCCGCCGCGAUGCUGCUGUCGCUGGUGCUGCACAUGUACUCGCUGCGCUCCGUGCUGCCGGCCGCCGUGAUGCUGGGCUCGGCGCCCACCUACCUGCUGGCCUGGGGCGCCUGGCGGCUGCUGUCCGCCUGCCUGCCGUCCCGCGUCUACCAGGCGGUGGACGACCGGCUCUACUGCGUCUACCAGAGCAUGGUGCUCUUCUUCUUCGAGAACUACACGGGCGUGCAGAUAUUGCUAUAUGGAGAUUUGCCAAAAAACAAAGAAAAUAUAAUAUAUUUAGCAAAUCAUCAAUGCACAGUGGACUGGAUCGUGGCGGACAUCCUGGCCAUCCGGCAGGGCGCCCUGGGGCACGUGCGCUACGUGCUGAAAGACGGCCUGAAGUGGCUCCCCUUGUACGGCUGUUACUUCUCUCAGCACGGGGGCAUCUACGUCAAGAGGAGCGCGAGGUUCAAGGAGAAGGAGAUGCGCCGGAAGCUGCUGAGCUACGUGAGCGCCGGGACCCCGAUGUACCUUGUAAUUUUCCCGGAGGGGACGAGGUACAACCCCGAGCUAACGAAGGUCAUUUCAGCCAGUCAGAUGUUUGCUGCUCAGGAAGGCCUGCCCGUGUUGAAGCAUGUGCUCACGCCACGAGUGAAGGCCACGCAUAUUGCCUUCGAUUCUAUGAAGAACUACUUAGAUGCCGUCUACGACGUCACCGUGGCCUUCGAAGGGACUGUGGAUGACAAGGGGCAGCGGAAAGAGGCGCCGUCCAUGAUUGAAUUUCUCUGCAAAGAUUGUCCAAAAAUCCAUAUCCACGUUGCUCGCAUAGAUAAGAAGGACGUCCCAGAGGAGCGCACGCUCAUGAGGAGGUGGCUUCAUGAACGAUUCGAGGUAAAGGACAGGUUGCUGAUCGAAUUCUAUGACUCGCCGGAUCCGAACAGAAGGAACAGGUUUCCUGGGGAAAGUGUCAGUUCUAAACUUAGCCUCAGGAAGACGCUGCCGUCGCUGCUGGUCCUGAGCGGCCUGACCGCGGGCAUGCUGGCCACCGAGGCCGGGAGGAAGCUGUACGUGAAGACAUGGCUCUACGGGACCCUGCUCGGCUGCUUGUGGGUCAGUAUCAAAGCGUAGGCUCCAGGCCAGGGCGCUGCGUGGUCGUGGCUGUUCGUGAGUGUAGUCAGAGUGUAAAUAAAGCUUGUUUACUGAGCAUUGGGCACAAUAGAAUCUCUCCCGGGAGCUGGGGUGCAGGGGGUUUGGCAGACGCAGGGGCUCAGGAGUUGGAGCUGGGCUCUGGGGACGCGGGCUCGCUGCUGCCCUGGGCGCUGUCCGGAGCCGGGCCAGCUCAGAGCGGGGCUGUAGGGCUCAUCACUGUGUCUCUCGGUGGCUGCACGCGUGAGCAUUCGCAGUAUGUGUCACUGAUGGUGUUAUUUCCAGUUUUUACAACUUGACUGGUCCACACUCGGAUCAUAAAGUAUUGAGAACCUUGCAGCUCCGUGACAUUGUUCUUCCUGCGCAACUUCCUCCAAGUCCGUGAAAGAAAGUGGAUGGAAGGACUGAGGGAGAGCAGGACGGGCCAGCCACGCCCUCUCGUGAGCACCUGCUUCCUGCGCUGGUUUCACUUUAUAGUUGCAAAGUAAUGCCUUUCUGAUGCUUGUUGGGACAGCCUACUGUGCACGCCUCCCACCGUGCAGAGUAGUGGACAGCGUGCGAGCCAGGCCGGUCACGUGGUGCAGGACUCACACUGCCCAGCUCUCGGAACUGGCAGCACCUGUGCCAUACGCACCUGAAGCCUUAAGGCCCUUUCCUUUCUGUGGGGGCCCGCGCCCCAGCAUUCGAGGUGCUGGAGCUCCCUGCUGCUGGCUUACCUGCCUGUGCCUUCUCCCGUCACUCUGGGUUUAGAGUAUUGACCCCCAAAUCGCUUUGUUACCCCGUGGCGGUCCUCUGUGUGGCCAGCCAGGUGCUCGUGGCUCACAUGGGGGCACCAGGGAGCGUGUGUGGGAGCGUCCCCCCUCCAGCCCUGCUGGGGGCAUCGCUGUGCGGCCAGGGCCUGCAUGGUCAGGACGUCCGGCCUCGAGCCAGUGAGGUCGGGGUGUCACCCACGGGCCUGCGUGGGCACGUCAGCCUCCGGAGUGUGACGGGGCGCAGUCCCCUUGACCACGAGCUGCGUGUCCAGGACCUGGUCUCACAGGGUCCGUGUGAAGACCUGCUCUGUUCCUGUGUCGUCGUCGAACGUGAUGCCUGCUGGUCCCUAAGGCGGCGGUCCUGCUCCUGCUGGUGGGUUUGCCCGCGGCCGUCCAUCGCGAGGGACCACUGACCACAGUGAUCGCGGCGAGUCCUGCCUGAUUCUCCAGGAUGGGGCAGCCGCCUCGGGCCGCCCCGCAGAAGAGCGGCCGUGGGCCUCACCUGUAUAGCAGGUGAACACGCCUUCACGCAGUCCCACGGGAACGCUGGCCUGGGCGUGACGGGUGUCCGUGAGACCUUUGAGUGUUCUCAGACCAAAUUGCCACUUUCUCUGGCCUGUAAAGUGGAGCUCAGCUGCCUUUGGUACGUGCUUUUUAAAGUGUUAACGUUAGACCUGCUCUGACCAGGACAGACUGCUGUAGGCUGUGUAACUGUUUGCAAGGUGAUGGUUAUGCUCUGAAUCUAAGUUCUAAGAAGCUAUUUACAAUUGAAGAAUUGCAUUGAUUGUGAUGGAUUUUAAGAAGGCCAAGUGAGCUGCGCGAGCUCACGUAAACACCGUGUUUUUAUGACUUACAUUCUUCUCACAAAGGGCCUGUAAAACAUUUGUUAAAAAAUUUGUAUCAAAAUGUUUGAAAGUUGAAGUUUCUUUUUAACAUGUGCGGAAAUGACCUGAAUUAUUUUUCCUAAAGCGAAGAGCCGCCUCGCCGUGUAACCCUCCUCACAUGGUGUCGCUUGCUUUGGUUCCUGUGCUGAUUUGCCCUCGGUUCCCUAUGCAUGCUUUUAUGUUCUCCAGAGAUGGGCGUGUUUGGGUGAAAGUAAAAGAAUAAAUAAACCUUCCACUGUC